AUGAUCGAGGAUGGCCUCAACCUCGUAUUCGCCCGCUAUGUGAUAAGGCUCCCAGGCAGCAACUCCUCAUCGAAGUCGAACCUCCAAUCCUCAGUCACCUCAUGCGUCAACCGAGUCUUCAGUCGACUUGGAAACUCGUUCAUCGGCUUGAGUCUUGACACAUGCAUCACCGGCUACGGUGGCUGUAUCAUCUCGGCGAAGGCAUAA